CCACGCUCUCUCCCCCCCCCAGGAGUGGUUCACGGUGUACGAGCACAACCGGCUGACGCGCUGCACCGUGUCUGACCUGGUGAUGGGUAACGAGUACUCCUUCCGCGUGUACAGCCAGAACAUCUGCGGGCUGAGCGAGGCGCCCGGCGUCUCCAAGAACACCGCCCUCAUCCAGAAAACAGGGAUCAUCUUUAAGCCACUGGAUUACCAGGAGCACGACUUCCGGAUGGCGCCCAGAGUCCUGACGCCCCUGGUCGAUCGGACCGUGGUGGCUGGGUACAGCACGGCCCUGAACUGCGCAGUGCGGGGGCAUCCCAAGCCCAAGGUGAUCUGGAUGAAGAACCACGUAGAGAUCCGGGAGGACCCCAAGUUCCUGAUGAAGAACAGCCAGGGGGUGCUGACCCUGCACAUCCGCAAACCCAGCCCCUUCGACGCCGGCACCUACAGCUGCCUGGCCGCCAACGAGCUGGGCGAGGCGCUGACCGAGUGCAAGCUGGAGAUCAGAGUGCCCCAGUAACCGUACAGCUCGGGCUUGGUG